AUGCCAAAUGUUUUUGCCGUUCCAGUGUUCUUGAUCGUAUUUCGCGAGACGCUCGAGACGGUCAUCAUUGUCUCCGUCUUGCUGGCUUUCCUCAAACAAACCCUCGGUGGACCGGAUCAUGAUGCGGUAGUCUACAAGAAGCUGGUGAAGCAGGUGAGAAUUCAAAGAAAACAGAACACAACUCAAUCGCUCACGGUCCCCGUACUAAUCAUCCGUGUGUUGCAGGUCUGGCUGGGGGUUGGGUUAGGCCUCCUCAUCUGUGUCAUCGUGGCUGGAGGCUUGAUCGGUGCAUUCUACACCCUCGGAAAGAACGCGUGGGAAUCCAGCGAGUACAAUUACGAAGGCGCAUUUGCCCUGGUUGCUGCCGUCAUCAUCACCGUUGUCGGCGCAGGGCUUCUUCGUAUCGGCAAGAUGCAGGAGAAGUGGCGGGUCAAGCUCGCAACAGCCUUUGAGGGCCCCGUCCAAACCGGGGGGGCCAGGGGCGGGGCGUUCAAGCGGUUCGCCGAGAAGUACGCAAUGUUCUAUUUGCCUUUCAUCACCGUACUCCGCGAGGGGAUAGAAGCGAUUGUGUUCCUUGCGGGCGUUACCUUCUCGGCUCCGGCCACGGCUGUUCCCCUCCCCGUUGUUGUGGGGUUGGCUGUCGGGAUAAUCGUGGGAUACAUCCUGUACAAGGGAGGAGCUUCGGCCAAGCUGAAAUACUUCCUCAUCGCAUCCACUUGCCUGCUGUACCUCGUCGCCGCAGGGUUGUUCUCCCGUUCAGUGUGGUACUUCGAGCAACAGAAGUGGAACAACAUCAUCGGUGGCGAUGCAGCUGAGUUGGGAACCGGGCCAGGUUCUUACGAUAUCGACAAGAGCGUGUGGCAUGUGAACUGCUGCAGUCCCGAAUUGAAUGGUGGCGAAGGUUGGGGCAUCUUCAAUGCCAUACUCGGCUGGACCAACUCGGCGACAUACGGGUCUGUCAUCUCGUAUAACGUCUACUGGAUAUUCGUCAUUGCGGCCUUCUUUAUUAUGAGGUACAGGGAGGUGAAGGGACAUUGGCCGCUCAAGAAGUCCAAGCACGAGAACUCAUCUGAGCCCGUCGAAAUUUCCAGUGGGGCCAGGGGCAAUGGUAUUGUUGAGUACACGGCAGUUGCGACCGAAAAGACCUGA